UCAGAACCGGUGUUGUAAGUUGCCUCCUUCGAAAAAGGAAGUCAAGUAGGCUAACAAAACAAACACACCCAAGCAAAGCAAAAAAGAGAAAUAUAACAGAAAAAUAAUAAACAAAAGGAAAGAAAGAAGAGGAAAAACAAACCAUAUUACACUCACAUCACACAGUUUCAUGCAUCACUGACGUUUACUGUGUGAGACGGGGGGAAAACAAGAUGUAUGUUGUAAGACUCAUAACAUAACUUGACAUAUUCAGGGAUUACAUCGUAAAAAGAAGAAUAAUAAUAACAAUCAAGGGAUUUGAAUUGAAAAAUUCCGACGGAGACUAAAAACGACGACAGCAUCGAGGGGAAAAAAUUAUAUUUAUAUUUCUUUUAAUUGUUAUUACCAUAAGGAAAGAGAGAAGUACACAAGAUGUCGACUUGAACAAGGCAAGGUACAUUGGAAAAAAAAUAUGUCUUCGAAGAGUGGGGUGUCGUCUCCGGCCAGUGGCGACCAGGAUUACAACAGAGUUGGUGGCGGUGGCGUGGAAGAUGAUGACAGCAGGCGACGCAAAAACCCCAUACUGCAUGUUAUUGUGGUGGGGUUUCAUCACAAGAAGGGCUGCCAGGUUGAAUAUUCCUACCCACCUCUGAUUGAAGGUAACUCAGUGGACAGUCAUGAACUACCCGAUGAGUGGCGCCACCUACCAUCUCUUGCUCUCCCUGAUGGAGCACACAAUUAUACUAAAGAUACCAUAUUCUUUCAUCUCCCAUCCAGAGAUGGUGAAUACAGUACUGUAUAUGGUGUGUCUUGCUACCAGCAGAUGGACUCAAAGGACCUGAUCACCAGAUCGAAGGAAGUCACCAGAAACACUGUACAGAAAAGCGUGUGUGUUCUUAGCAAACUGCCCUUUUAUGGAUUAAUCCAGACCAAACUGGAAUUAAUUACUCAUGCCUACUUUGAUGAGAGAGACUUCAGUAAAGUGGAACUGCUCAUUGACACAUACCGCAACCUCAGUACAUUGCUGACAGACAGCCAGACUGACAGCACCAAAAUCUACCUCGGUCUUCCUGCUCGGGACCUCGUUAUACUUUAUCGUCACAAGAUCCUCAUUUUAUUUAAACUCCUUCUUCUGGAACGACGGGUACUAUUUACAGGGAAACCAGUCCAAGAGCUGUGUCAAACUAUGUUAGGUGUCAUGUCACUCUUUCCAGGUUUAAUAGAAUAUGGCCUGAAGGAAUCUGCCUGCUAUUCCCCUCACAGACAAAUCUCACCAACAUUAAAAUUUCACCAAAUGGAAUCCGACGACGGAUUCCUAGAGGUCAGCUACCACAAAAAUACCAACUGUGAUAUUCCCAUCCCCCCCAGACCACCUUCAAGAACCACGAGUUUAGCAUCCGAGCCAGAGAAUCAGACGAUAGUCCGUGACGAGAAUGACGAGCUAGAUUUACCGUGCAGUCCAUUCAGAUCAGCGCCACUACCCUCAUCAGACACAUUCCCUACAACUGCAAUGUCUCUGCCACGCAGUACCGAAGCUGGAUCUCAGAAAGACAUGACCAUCACAAAAGACACCAAUGCUUCACACUCAAGCUCUGUGUCAACUGUUUCAUCUGUGACAAAAAUGGAACUUGAUGCAACAGAGAAAGAUUUGCUAAAUAACAACAAUCAGAACUGUAGAAUUUCCUCCCAUGCUGAUGGAUCUUCAUCUCCUGUCAUCAGUAGGGCUGAAUUACAUAACACAACAAAGACCACUCUAGGUCACAUGGUUGCAGAAGAUGAUUUGCUCAAAGAUCAAGGGAAGACUCGCUCUUCAGAGAGACGCCUCAAGGUAGACUUGGAGAUUGACGAAAAUGAAACCUUAUCUGAAGACCUGAAACGAAGUGAGAGUAUUGAAGAACUGGACUCUCCAGAGUCAAUCAGUAAAAUUGAUCGAGAGGAUUGCUUCUCAUGGGAGGAAGACCGUAUUGUACUUGAAAUAAAUGAUGAACAUGAUUCAAAGAGUGAUUGCGAAAGGUCUCCAUGCCUAGUGUCAAGCAAUUCCACUGAUCCAUCAACUGCUACAACCACCACUUCCACCACCAAUGGCGUCUGUGAUAAAAAUGGCAGGCCACAUAAGAUUGAGGCUAUUUCUGAGCUCCCUGGUGGCACAGCUGGACUAAUACAUCCCACUGCUGACAAUUCCUGUGAGAUGCCAUUGAAAAAUUCAUCAACUACGCUGACACAAUCCAAAGAAGACACUGCUGACGAUCCAUUUCUCCCAUCUGAAGAUUCCCACCAGGGGUCAAAUAAAAAACCCUCAUCUUUGAAUAUUGAAAGCAAUUCCUUAGAGGAUGGUAUAGCCAUGACAACAACACUUCAAGCAGAUGAAUAUGGUCUCCCUUUGGCAAUAUUUUCCAAGGGCUGCCUGUGUCAUCCCUAUCUCUCGCUGCAGUUCUUUGAUCUCCUUGAAGAUGUAAAUGUGCGGGGUUUCGUAAUUGGUGCCACAAAUAUAUUGUUUAAACAGCGCAAACACCUCACUGAUGUCGUCGUAGAGGUAAACGAUGGACGAAUCGACUUCCAUGACAAUGAAUUGAAGAAACAGCUGAAUCUAACAACAACAGAUUUGAGGUUUGCAGACUACCUCGUGAAAAUUGUCACCGAAAAUAAAACCCUUUUCCUUGAUGGUACAGAGUGGGAAGGAGGAGACGAAUGGGUGAGACUACAGUUCAAGGAAUACAUCUUGUCCCUGCUCGCCAGCACGCAUAAUGGAGAUGAGAAGCUGAUGGAGGACUUCAACUUGACCUUUAUCCAAGCUUGGAAGACAACCCAUAACUACCGAUUGUGGCACAGCUGUAAACACCCUCUUAUCGAGUCAGUCUCGCAGUCACAUCCAUUCCAAGGGCAUUUGAAUAUGAGUGAUCUUCGUGUGCGGUUGUCACACACCAUGCAGAGCACAGAGAAGGGUAAGAAACUAAAUGCUGCUGUGUCCCAAACCGGGAAAUAUGUUGUACAGACUGGCAAAGUAUUUGGUGGCGCCAUCACCUCUGCUAAGUCAGCCAUGAGCUCAUGGUUCAGCAGUUUUACCACAGAAUGGAAACACCCCGAAAAGGAUGGAAUAGAUGAUGAUGUUAACUGUGAUAGGGAAGAAGACAGCGAUGGAAAUGGGGAUGGGGAUGGAGAUGGUGAUGGUGCUGAUGAUGGGAAUGUUAGUGGCAAAGAUGAUGGUGAUGAUGCUGGCAGUCAACAUGACUGAAUCUCUCUCUCUCUCUCUCACACACACAAACAUUCUCUUUAUUUCUCUCCUCCUGUCUUCAUGCUUUCCCCUCUCCCUUUUCCUUUAAACACUCCAUUCUCCCUCUCAUCAUCACUUACCAUCUCUCCCUCUCCCUCUAGCCCUCUUCCAUCUACAUACACGCAACACACACACAUACAAAUACCUACAAUGCCAGUUCAUAUUUUGGAAUUGUUAAUACAAAAAUGAACUUCCAUUUUACCCUCACCCCAAUCUACAAGAUGCAAUUUCAUAGCCAAUGGCAGGUUGGAGAUCAAGGGUCAGUGUGAAUUUGCAACUUUUAGUGCUAGAUAUCUGGCCCAAGUCCCAGUUAUGGGUGAGUUCUAUUGAAUUAAUGCUACAUUUGAUGAUAAUAAUUGUUAAUAGCAAUCAUAUCUAAAUAUCGCAAGACAGCUUCUUGAAGCUGAGCCGACCAGCUGGAGACCUAGGGCAAGAUGGUUGGAUUAUUUCUGUAGUCUCAGUUGUUCAUUUGUAGGAAUUCAGCUGGAAAGUGUAAUGAUGGUUGCUUCGGAUAGGACCCCAUGGAAGAAGUGCCUAAGGACUCAACUGCCACCCAGGAAUUAGUGGGCAGAGA